CAGAGCUGGCCUGCCAUUCCUCUAUCCAAGAUGGCAAAUCCUAAAUCCACAGGAAAUUGAUGGAAGAACAGUCCUCGUGCCUAAUUUAAGCAGGAGACGUACUGCGGAGCCCAGGAGUAGAACCACAGUGUGAUAUACUGAUAGUGUGGACCUUUGCUGUUCAGUAGAUCUGAUUUGGGAGUGCCGGGCGCAACACAAGAUUAAAGAUGCUUCAGCUUCGACUUGUAAAAGGGGGCUUCAGCUUCCUGGGGGUCAAACGGAUUGCUGUGCUCAAUGCUGCUUAUCAAAGCACUCAUCACAAGGAAUACAAGCCCAUCAAGAAGGUGAUGGUGGCUAACAGAGGUGAGAUUGCAAUCAGAGUCUUCCGAGCUUGCACUGAGCUCGGGAUUCGCACCGUGGCAGUUUAUUCGGAACAGGACACAGGGCAGAUGCACAGACAAAAGGCCGAUGAAGCCUACCUGAUUGGGAAAGGACUACCUCCUGUCCAAGCUUACUUACACAUUCCUGACAUCAUUAAAGUAGCCAAGGAAAAUGAAGUUGAUGCAAUUCACCCAGGCUACGGAUUCUUGUCGGAGAGAGCAGACUUUGCACAGGCCUGCGUGGAUGCCGGGGUACGCUUUGUUGGACCCAGCCCGGAAGUGGUGCGCAGAAUGGGCGACAAAGUGGAGGCUCGGGCCAUCGCUAUCGAAGCUGGUGUGCCAGUUGUACCAGGCACUGCCACGCCCAUAACGUCCCUGGCAGAGGCCCAAGAAUUUGCCAACUCGUACAGUUAUCCAAUCAUCUUUAAGGCUGCGUAUGGAGGUGGUGGCAGAGGAAUGAGAGUGGUUCGCAACUAUGAGGAGUUGGAGGAGAACUACCAGCGAGCUUUCUCUGAGGCGCUGUCUGCAUUUGGAAAUGGAGCACUGUUCAUAGAGCGGUUCAUCGAGAGACCCAGGCACAUAGAAGUACAGAUACUUGGUGAUAAAUAUGGGAAUGUGAUCCACUUGUAUGAGAGAGACUGCUCUAUCCAGCGGCGUCACCAGAAGGUAGUGGAGAUUGCUCCUGCUGCUCAGCUGGAUCAGCAGCUGAGAGACCGGCUCACCUCCGAUGCUGUCAGGCUGGCUAAACGGGUGGGUUACGAAAAUGCCGGCACGGUGGAAUUUCUCGUCGAUAAACACGGCAAGUACUUUUUCAUCGAGGUCAACUCCAGGCUUCAAGUGGAGCACACCGUUACUGAAGAAAUUACUGAUGUUGACCUUGUACAUGCCCAGAUACACGUCACAGAGGGGAAGAGCUUGCCCGAGCUGGGCCUGAAGCAGGAAACAAUCCGCAUCAAUGGCAGUGCCAUACAGUGCAGAGUUACGACUGAGGAUCCAGCGCGCGGCUUCCAGCCAGACACUGGUCGUAUCGAGGUUUUCCGCAGCGGAGAAGGAAUGGGAAUCCGCCUGGACACUGCCUCAGCUUUCCAAGGAGCGCUGAUCUCGCCACACUAUGACUCGCUGCUGGUCAAGGUGAUUGCCCACGGCAAGGACCACCCCACUGCUGCUUCGAAGUUGAACCGAGCCCUUGCCGAGUUCAGGAUACGAGGGGUCAAGACCAACAUUCCGUUCCUGCAGAAUGUGCUUGGCAACGACCAGUUUCUCUACGGCACUGUCGACACUCAGUUUAUCGAUGAGAACCCUGACCUCAUCCUUUUGAGGCCAGUGCAGAACCGAGCUCAGAAGCUCCUCCAUUACCUCGGCCACAUUAUGGUUAAUGGACCGGUGACUCCUAUUCCAGUCAAUGCGAAACCUUCAGCUGUGGACCCCAUCAUCCCUCAGGUUCCAUUGGGUGAUUCUCCGGCAGGUCUCCGUGAGAUUCUCCUGAGGGAAGGCCCUGAAGGCUUUGCGAAGGCCGUCCGGAACCACGAGGGCCUACUCCUGAUGGACACCACCUUCCGAGAUGCCCACCAGUCACUGCUCGCUACCCGGGUCCGCACGCAUGAUCUGAAGAACAUCUCCCCCUUUGUGGCUCACAACUUUAGCCAGCUGUUCAGCAUCGAGAACUGGGGAGGUGCCACCUUUGAUGUGGCGAUGCGCUUCCUGUACGAGUGCCCCUGGAAACGCCUGCAGGAAAUGCGAGCAUCCAUCCCGAACAUCCCUUUCCAGAUGCUGCUGCGGGGUGCCAAUGCUGUGGGCUACACCAACUACCCUGACAACACGGUGUACAAGUUCUGUGAAGUGGCGAAGGAGAAUGGGAUGGACAUCUUUCGAGUGUUCGACUCCCUCAACUACCUGCCGAACAUGAUCCUGGGCAUGGAGGCAGCGGGCAGCGCUGGCGGAGUGGUGGAGGCUGCCAUUUCCUACACCGGGGAUGUCUGCGACCCGGAGAGAACCAAAUACUCCCUGGAUUACUACCUGAAGCUUGCUGACGAGCUGGUCAAGGCUGGGACCCACAUCCUCUGCAUCAAGGACAUGGCGGGACUGCUGAAGCCAAACUCAGCCAAGCUGCUAAUUGGAGCGCUGCGAGACCGCUUCCCGGAUAUCCCGCUCCACAUCCACACCCACGACACGGCGGGCGCGGGAGUAGCCUCCAUGUUGGCUGCCGCCCAGGCUGGGGCUGACGUGGUGGACGUGGCCGCGGACUCGAUGUCGGGGAUGACCUCGCAGCCCAGCAUGGGCGCCGUCGUGGCCUGCAGCAAGGGCACGCAACUCGACACAGGUAUCGACUUGCAGAAUGUCUAUGAUUACAAUGAGUACUGGGAGAUGACCCGGCAGCUCUAUGCGCCGUUUGACUGCACGGCCACCAUGAAGUCGGGUAACGCCGAUGUCUACGAGAACGAAAUUCCCGGGGGGCAGUACACCAACCUGCACUUCCAGGCCCACAGCAUGGGCCUGGGCAACAAGUUCAAAGCCGUCAAGAAGGCCUACACUGAGGCAAACAGGCUGCUCGGAGACUUGAUAAAGGUCACCCCUUCCUCGAAGAUCGUGGGCGACCUGGCGCAGUUCAUGGUCCAGAACAACCUGACACGGGAGGAUGUGGAACAGGAUGCCGACGAGUUAUCCUUCCCUCAGUCGGUGGUGGAGUUCCUGCAGGGAUACAUCGGAAUUCCCCACGGAGGCUUCCCCGAGCCUUUCCGCAGCAAGGUGCUGAAGGACCUGCCUCGGAUGGAAGGUCGCCCCGGGGCCUCCCUCUCGCCGCUGCACUUCGAAGACCUGGAGAAGGACCUGAAGGCGCGGCACGUGGACGAGAUCACCACCGAGGAUGUUAUGUCGGCCGCCAUGUACCCCAAAGUGUUCGACGAGUUCAAGGAGUUCACCGCUCAGUUCGGGCCCGUGGAGUGUCUCAACACUCGCCUCUUCCUGGAGGGACCUAAGAUCGCGGAGGUGUUUCAGGUUGAGCUGGAACGAGGGAAGACACUCCACAUUAAAGCACUGGCGCUGGGUGACCUGAACUUUGCUGGACAGAGGGAGGUGUUCUUCGAGAUGAACGGACAGCUGCGCUCAGUCCUGGUCAAGGACACGCAGGCCAUGAAGGAGAUGCACUUCCACCCCAAGGCCCUGAAGGAUGUCAAGGGCCAGAUCGGCGCUCCGAUGCCUGGCAAAGUGGUCGACAUCAAGGUGAAGGAGGGCAGUCGCAUCGAGAAGGGCAAGCAGCUGUGUGUGCUGAGCGCCAUGAAGAUGGAGACUGUGGUGAACUCACCGAUGUCCGGCACCAUCAAGAAAAUCUAUGUCACCCGUGACAUGCACCUGGAGGGCGACGACCUGAUUCUGGAAAUCGAGUAACACGCUUAGCUGCCUUCUCACAUCCAGUCUUAGUAACCGCUGUCAGGGAUACCCCCCUCCUCCCCCUCACCUCCCCCCUCACCUCCCCACCAUUGUUUAUCGUUAAGACAGCGGGAAUCACUUCAUGGAACACUUACUCUGCGAAGCAGACUGACUCUCAGAACGCAACAGGACUGAUUUUUAUGUGGUAGCCCCCCUCUCCCUGCCAACACCUCACCCCACCAUCCAGACUGCAGUGUUACAGCCUACAACCCAGUUGCCUUUAAGAUUGAGGUAAAGACCAGACAUCGUCAUAUAUCCCAUUGCUGCUACAUGAGGUGGUUUUGUACAGCUCCGUUGCCCUCUCGUGUGGGGCUAACAUAGGAGAUUAUUGCAUAUCAUUCGCCUCUAAUACAGGGUCAUGGACCAGGAAGCAUUGAAACCUUCGGGUAAGCGAAGUCAACCAGGUCUUUACAUGCGGUACAAGAUAUUUGAGAUGUCUAAGUGAGACGUUAGGGAUGGGCAUCCAGUGCUGUCCUAGCCAGCGGCACCCACAAUCCUGUGGAAGAGUUUUUAAAAAUCCUUUAUAAAUAUCGAUUAGACUCGCAGGCCUGGGACCUCCUCCAGGAGGUCAUCAUUAGCUGCUCACGCUAACCUCAAGAGGACUGGGUAAGGCCCCGCUAGUCUGCGCAAAGUACAAUUCCCAAUGGCAGUUCAUUUGCUGACCGCUUAGCAAGUGUGGGGGGUCGGCCUUCCCUACCUCCAUCAUACAGGAAUGUUCAACCCUGCACAACACCCCCCCCCCACCCCCCCAGCACCCCACACUCGCACUGCCUCACUUCAUAUCCCUAGUCUCGGACUAAUAUGUGGAUCCGUAUUUCGAAAGCCUGAUCUUGCCUUUCUGCCCUGGUUCACCCACACCCGCACCCUCCAGAUUCUCUAUAAGUUAUCUGCAGUUUACACUAUACCCCAUGGAGAGGUGGGGGGAGGGGGUCGAGAGUGACUCAGACCCUGGUUAUCGGGGAAUUCCAGAAAGGGAUGAGAAGCUCCCCCGGCAAAGAGAACACUCAGCGUCACUCUGAGGCGGGCAAGCCUCCCACAAGGGAGGUGAAGGACAGUGUAACCUGACUCAGACUAUAUCGAGGAAGAAGCACUGGGUCGCCGAGGGAAUCCCGGAAGCCGGUGACCCUGAGGGUUUUCUUCUGCUGCUCUGAUUGGCGCCGUGGCCCCUUUAAGGUUGUUGAGGGUGGGUGA